AUGUCGCCGUCACACUUUUCCUCACUGCCUAACGAUAUAGUGUGGCAAGUCUUAGCCCGCGUGCCGAAAUGCAAAUACCCACUCCUCGCUUGCGUCUCCAAGAACUUCACUUAUCUUGUUCAGUCGCCGGAGAUUCACAAGAUUCGCUCUCUCCUCCGCAAAGAUUCACUCUACAUCUCCUUCAGGAACAAAAAAGAUCUCUCCCAGUGCGAGAACCCGCGUUGGUACACUCUGCGCAGAGCUGAGAACAAUCCGAGCGAGAACCAGUUCGUCUCCGUCGGCCUCGCGCUUCCUAAUCAUUACCACCGCAUGCCCUCGAUCGUCGCUCACGGUCCGGAGAUUUUCUUUAUCUGCAAACCGUUCUUUCCAACGUCAAGCUUUUGGGUCUUUGAUUCUCGAUCCGACAAGCUUCGACAAGGACCAAGCAUGGCCGUGUACCGAACGUACAAAAGCGUGGGAGUUGUCGGACGUAAGGUAUACGUGGUCGGAGGAGUAAGAUCCAACGAUAAUGUGGCCGAAGCGUUUGAUCUAAACACGCAAACUUGGGAGCCAGCGCCGAUCCCCAAGGAAAUUAGGACGUGGCACGCGUCUGCCACGGUGUCAUUAGACAGGAAGGUUUGUGCGCUCGUACGAGCCUACGCUAUUUGUUACGAUACUAGAGAUGGUUCAUGCGAGGAUUUUGCUUUGGCUAAAGAUAAGUGGUGGAAAACGGGGGUUUGUGGGAUGGAGAAUGUGCUCUACGUUUAUUACGCUAGAUUCGGGCUGAUGUGGUACGACACUAAGCUGAGGGUAUGGAGAGUGGUGAAUGGUUUGGAUCAUGUCAAAAAGGUUCGAUCCGUUGGGAUGGCGGAAUACUAUGGAAAGGUGGCGCUUUUGUGGAAAGAACAUGGUGGAUGCGGAAAGGAGAUUUGGUGUAGAAUGAUUGCUAUGGGUAAGUGUGAAGAAGGGGUCAAGGGGACUGCAGAAUCGGCUCAACUUCUGGGGAGUGUCCCUGAUGGUUACAGAAUGGACAAUUGUCUAUCAGUUUCAGACUAA